GCACAGGUCAGCCAACGCACCUGUGACAACAGCAAUCUAACGUAACUGUAAUUGCUAGCAGAGCUUUGGCAACUAAUUGAAAACACAAACACUGCCACAGCACGGGCAGAGCAUUCAGCUCGAUAACGAUCCAGACAAACCACCGUUGCAAAUCCAAAGACAAAUACUACCAAAUGAGCAGCAUUUAAAGAACCAGCAGCAGCAGCAGCAGCCGUAGUAACUAACUGGGUCAGUAAGCUUCAGCAGCAGCAGAAGUUACUGUUACUGUUGCCAACUUUUCGCCUUUAAAGCUGGACCAGAGCUUCCUGGCAAAUACGGCCCUGGAACAUGAACUCCUCGAGUGGUGACGAUGAGGCCCCGAAGGAUCCGCGCACUGGCGGCGAGGACUUUACACAGCAAUUUACAGAAAACGAUUUCGAAGGACACCGCGCACACACCGUUUACGUGGGCGUCCACGUGCCGGGAGGACGACGCCACUCGCAGCGCCGUCGCAAGCAUCACCAUGGCGGCAGCACCGGCGCUGCGUCCGCCGGCAGCGUUGGCAGAGACAGCAUUAGCGACAAGCAACUGGAAGUGGAGCGUCCAGCAACGCCGCCCGCACAACGUGUACAAUUCAUACUCGGUGAGGAUGUGGACGAUGGCUCGCAUGUGUCGCAUCCGCUGUUCUCGGAGAUGGGAAUGCUGGUGAAGGAGGGCGAUGAGAUUGAGUGGAAGGAAACGGCACGCUGGAUCAAAUUCGAGGAGGAUGUCGAGGAGGGCGGCAAUCGCUGGUCCAAGCCCCAUGUGGCCACGCUCUCGCUGCACGCCCUGUUCGAGCUGCGCGGCCUGCUGACCAACGGCACCGUCAUGCUGGACAUGGAGGCCAGCAAUCUGGAGCUGGUGGCCGAUCUCGUCUGCGAUCAGAUGGUCAGCAGCGGCACACUGCCGGCCAACGUCAAGGACAAGGUGAAGGACGCCCUGCUGCGUCGACAUCGCCAUCAGCACGAGUAUGCGAAGAAGACGCGAUUGCCCAUCAUUCGCUCCCUGGCGGACAUGCGCAAUCAGUCGUCCUCAAAAACUCCGACUGGGCAUGCCUCGUCGCCUGGUUUUGGCAUGGACGUAUGCCGUUCGCCCGUGACGCCCAUCUAUGUGUCCAGUAAGGAUCAGCGUGGUUGUUAUCUCGCUGUUCCCACAGUUGAAGAGCAGUCUGGGAGCAAUUUAAUGGCGACUACGCCGCUCUCGCUGACCGCCAGCGAGCCUGGACCACCUGGCAAUACCAAUGGCAGUACCGGUGCCCUGGGCAUGGGCAUGGGGCGGUUUUUAACGGUGCCCGGCAAGCCCAGCAACAGAACGCUCGAGAAAAAAUCAAAUUCCAAAAAUCUGCGGCCCAAACAAAAUCUGCCCAUGAUCACAGAGGACAUGGUGAAGAGCCCCAGCAGCCACUCGAUGGCCAGGCAGGCCAGCGGCACGGAGCUGGCCGAGCAACAACACAAGGGCAACUCGCACUUCAUGCGCAAGAUACCGCCUGGAGCGGAGGCGAGCAACAUUCUAGUGGGCGAGGUGGACUUCCUGGAGCGCACACUCUCCUGUUUCAUCCGUCUGAGCCAGGCGGCUGUCAUGGGUGAUCUGACGGAGGUGCCGGUGCCAACCAGAUUCAUUUUCAUACUGCUGGGUCCACCGGGCAGCCAGAGUAAUUUCCAUGAGAUCGGACGUGCUAUGGCCACACUGAUGUCCGACGAGAUCUUCCAUGAGGUGGCCUACAGGGCACGUAAGCGCGAUCAUCUGCUCGCCGGAGUGGAUGAGUUUUUGGAUGCGGUCACAGUAUUACCACCCGGUGAAUGGGAUCCCACCAUACGCAUUGAGCCACCAGCGGCAAUACCAUCGCAGGAGAUCCGCAAGCGGCCGCCCGAGCUGCCCAAGGAGGAGRUCGACGAGGAGGAGGAGGAGCAACGAUUGCGCGAAGAGUCGGGCCUGUCGCGCUCGGGUCGUCUCUUCGGCGGUUUGAUCAACGAUUUUAAGCGCAAGGCGCCUUGGUACUGGAGCGAUUUUCGCGAUGCGCUCUCGAUGCAGUGCGUCGCCUCGUGGAUCUUCUUGUAUUUCGCAUGCCUCUCCCCGAUCAUCACCUUCGGCGGCCUGCUGUCGGAGGCCACAGGCAAGAACAUGGCUGCCAUGGAAUCGCUGGUAUCUGGAUUCGUCUGCGGCAUGGGCUAUGGCUUCUUUUCCGGCCAGCCGUUGACAAUCUUGGGCUCGACCGGUCCAGUGCUGGUCUUCGAGUCCAUUGUCUAUGAGUUCUCGAUGGCCCAGGGCUGGGACUAUAUGACAUUCCGUUUCUGGAUCGGCAUGUGGGUCGCCGGCAUUUGCAUCGUGUUGGUCGCUAUCGAUGCCAGCGCGCUCGUCUGCUACAUAACGCGCUUCACUGAGGAGAACUUCGCCACCCUAAUCGCGGUCAUCUUCAUCUACAAGGCCAUCGAGAACGUGGUGAUGAUUGGCAAGACCUUCCCGGUAAAUCAAGGCAUUUACGACUGCAUCUGCACUGCGCCGCCGGAUAGCAAUGCCAGCGUGCUCGAGUUUGCCAAGUACAAGUGGGAUGCAUGUGAGCUCUACAAUGGUACACUCAUUGGCACCGACUGCGGUACUCCACCCACCGAGAAUGUCUUCCUCAUGUCCGUUGUCCUCUGUGCUGGCACCUUCAUCUUCUCGACCGUACUCAAGGAAUUCAAGAAUGCCCUCUUCUUCCCCUCCAUUGUGCGACAGUACAUUAGCGACUUCUCUGUCCUGAUUGCCAUUUUCUCGAUGACCUUGUUUGACUACUCGCUGGGUGUGCCCACACAGAAGCUGGAGGUGCCCCGCGAGCUGAAGCCGACACUGAAUACGCGUGGCUGGCUGAUUCCCCCAUUCUGCGAGAAGAAUCCCUGGUGGUCACCAAUCAUAGCCGUGUUCCCAGCAAUGCUCGGCACCAUUCUCAUCUUCAUGGAUCAGCAAAUCACGGCCGUGAUUAUCAAUCGCAAGGAGAACAAAUUAAAGAAGGGCUGCGGCUAUCACUUGGAUCUCUUUGUACUCUCCGGCCUGAUAGCCAUUUGCAGUGUGAUGGGUCUGCCAUGGUUCGUGGCGGCCACUGUGCUGAGCAUUAAUCAUGUCAAUUCACUGAAACUGGAAUCGGAGUGCAGUGCCCCUGGCGAGAAGCCGCAGUUCUUGGGUGUGCGCGAGCAGCGUGUGACUCACAUUAUGAUCUUCCUGACAAUUGGCGGUUCGGUGCUGUUGACACCGCAGCUCAGACACAUUCCCAUGCCGGUGCUGUUUGGCGUCUUUCUCUAUAUGGGUGUGGCCUCGCUCAAGGGUCUGCAGUUCUUCGAUCGCAUUCUCAUCAUGUUCAUGCCAGCCAAAUAUCAGCCGGACUACAUGUUCCUGCGUCAGGUGCCCAUCAAGCGCGUACAUUUGUUUACUGCCAUACAGUUGGCCUGCCUGGUUAUCCUGUGGCUGAUCAAGAGUUUCUCCCAGACCUCCAUACUCUUCCCACUGAUGUUGGUGGUGAUGAUUGGCAUACGCAAGUCCCUAGAUUUUGUCUUCACCCGCCGUGAACUGAAAAUCCUCGAUGAUAUUAUGCCCGAGAUGACCAAGCGCGCUGCGGCGGACGAUCUGCAUCAACUGGACGCUGAGGUGGGCUUUUGUCAGAAAUAUUUACCCUGCUUCGGGGGUCGCGGCAAGCGCGAACCGAAGAGCAGCCUCGAUGGUGGCAUGGACGUCGGCGCCAAUGCCGUCGCCCUGAUCAAGUGCAAUACCUCAAAUGCAAAUGAGAAGGAGUUUGAGGCACAGAGUAGUUUGCUCAAGAAGUAAACGGGGCACACCUUGUUUUUGGCACACAAGCACACACACAAACGCACACAGCACACAACACAUCACAAAUUGAAGCCGGAUCGACCGAUCUGAAACACUCGACACCCGACAGUGCUGCCCAUUUCGUUUGCGUUUGCAGUGCUGCACAGUCCACCACGGAUCCCACUUGAUUUGUAUCUAAUUUGUUGGUAUUCUAUAAUGGAAAUUAUUUUUAGAGAUUUUUGCAUUUUGUUGUAUAAAAGUUGAUUACUUCUUACUAUUUAUAUAUAUAUACUUAUAUCUAUAUCUACUUUUACCAUAUUUUUAUUCUAACCUUACUCAUUCGUAUCGAGCUACGAGUGAAGACAUUCCGUUAUGUUUGUUCUUUAACAGUAUUUUGUAAAUUUUUGCCUUAAUUUUUAUCCCUAAAUCGUAGCAUGCAAAUUUUUGCAUUUUGUUAUACAUAUUUUUAAAAUAUCUGUUUUCUCUUACAAAGUACUUUCUAUUUACUUUUUAAUUCCUAUUGUCUUUGUUUUCUAUCAAAUUGCUCAAUGAAUACUAUGAUAUUGCAAUGAAAUCCAAACGUAAUUGUACCAAAGCCCAUGGCCCCAUCUGUAUAUGCUUUCUGAAAUUCUAUUAUUUCCCAAUGCAUAACUAUUCAAUUAUGAAAUGUGUUAUCUUUACUUACUCUAUAUAUAUGCCUACAUACUACUCUUAACUAUAUUGUAUUUAUAUCAAUACUACCUAUAUAUAUCUGUAUAUGUUAAUGAAACCUAAGCUUAAGUAGUCGGCGCUAAAUGCGUUUACAUGGUGUAAAUGUAUUCAAUGUACAUGUUAAAUAAUUUUAUACUCCACAACAAGACCAUAGUACAAGUAACUAACAAUAGCAAAUUACCAAAAAAAAAAAAAAAAAAAAAAAAAAAAAAA